GUACCGGAAAUAAGCAAGAGGAAGUAGAAGAAGAAGCAGCUCUCCUCGUUCGCUAGUUAGCUACUGCUGGGAAGUAGCGUUAACAUUUCCAGGAUAUUAUCAUAAUGAGUUAUGCAGAGAAGCCGGAGGACAUAACAAGGGAAGAGUGGAUGGAUAAACUCAACAAUGUCCACAUUCAGAGAGCUGAUAUGAACAGGCUCAUUAUGAACUACCUGGUGACAGAGGGCUUCAAGGAGGCAGCAGAGAAGUUCAGGAUGGAGUCUGGAAUAGAGCCUAGUGUGGACUUGGAUUCUCUAGAUGAAAGAAUUAAGAUCAGAGAGAUGAUCCUGAAGGGACAGAUCCAGGAUGCCAUUUCACUGAUAAACAGUCUGCACCCUGAACUGCUGGAUACCAACCGUUACCUCUACUUUCACCUACAGCAGCAGCAUCUGAUUGAGCUGAUUCGCUUGAGGGAGACCGAAGCUGCCCUUGAAUUUGCCCAGUCUCAGUUAGCGGAGCAGGGGGAGGAGAGCCGAGAAUGUCUGACCGAGAUGGAGAGGACACUGGCCCUGCUGGCAUUCGACAACCCUGAGGAGUCACCUUUUGGAGAUCUGCUCAAUAUGAUGCAGAGACAAAAGGUAUGGAGUGAAGUGAAUCAGUGUGUGCUAGACUAUGAAAACAGAGAGUCAACCCCCAAGCUGGCCAAGCUCCUGAAACUGCUGCUGUGGGCUCAGAAUGAACUUGAUCAAAAGAAAGUGAAGUAUCCCAAAAUGACAGACCUCAGCAAGGGAACCAUUGAAGACCCAAAAUAAGGACCCCACAGUGAAAACAUACUACAGCAUUACAAAAUGGACACAUUUCCUUUAUCUAUUUAUACCCCAACAAACUGACUCAUAUAGAGUACAACCUUUUCUUUUUUGUAAGGGUUGCUUUUUGAUACUUUAAUAAUUUAGAAUGUGCAAACUGGAUUGAUGGCAUUUUAAAGUGACUUCUCACACUAAAAUAACAUGCAGACCAUUAUUUUACUUAGUAUUAUAAUUUACAUAUUUGUUUAUGUAUAAUGGGUACACUAGUUUUUCUGUCUCUUGGCAGGGAAAGUUGUUAGCCAUAAGAGGGUGUGAAUAAAGCCUAAAUUAGGCUGUCACUUUCUGUGUGAGACCACUUGGAAUGGGAUAAGUUCAAUGUUUAGGGAAAAUGGUUGGCUCAGUGUGCACUGCCUCAAAUAAACAACUUUUUUCCCUUAUAACAAGCAUACACAUUUCAGCUAGUUGUCUUUUAGCUAUAGUAUUCUAUGGGAUGGCAAUAGCCAAAGCAAGAUGGUUGGGAUGUUUCAAACUACUGUGACUUUGAAAGUUAAAUUCAGCUUUAGAUUCAUAAUGCGUUCUUGCUUGAGACAUGACAAAAUAUAUGCUGACAUAGAUAAGUUAUACAUCACGGUAGCAGUUAACAUGUGGGACAAAGCAAGAUUCCUGGAAUGCUAAAAGACUUUGCACCCUACUGUGACUGUGCAAGCUUAAAGGCAGCCUCGGUUUCAUAUUGUUAUAAAAUACAAUAGAUGAUAUUAAAAGAUGUGAAUGGAUAAAUCUAUAUCACUUUUACAGAUGGAUUAUUUACAUGUAUGGAAUAAGUAGCUCUUUUGCUAAAUUUUAUGUGCUUUUUUUUUUGCUGGGAUAUUAUUUUGCAAUAAAAGUGAAAUGUUAAACUGCGCCAAGUCA